AUGGAAGCAAACAAGAGAAGAAGUGUCUUCAAUGGUGCAAACAGGAUGAUAAAUCAAACCAACCAAGCUACCGAAAGGACACAGUACUGUUGGUGGUGGCCCGCACUAGCACUGUGCCUAAUUUCCUGCUCGCUGGUUCACCUGACCGAAGCAGGCUUCGCCUGCCUUAGCAAUCCAUGUGUUUAUGGAGUGUGUAUCGAUGAUCUAAAUAGCACAUACUCCUGCUAUUGCAUCGACGGUUACACCGGUGUCCAUUGCCAGACGAACUGGGAUGAAUGUUGGUCUAAUCCGUGUCUUAACGGAGGUAUCUGCAUUGAUGGAGUCGCCUCGUACAACUGCACCUGUCCCGAAGGCUUCCUAGGAUUGAACUGUGAAGAGAAUUUCAACGAAUGCCAAUCGAACCCCUGCCAGAAUGGUGGCCUAUGCAACGACAAGGAUAACGCGUUCUACUGUACCUGUGCGCUCGGCUAUGAAGGGGAGUUUUGCGAGUUGGACAUCGCUGUCUGCGAUACCGGUGAUCGGUGUCACAAUGGUGCUGCUUGCAUUGAAGGUCCUGGGUUAGAAUUUUCCUGCCGCUGCACGGAAGGAUACGAGGGACGUUUGUGCGAUGCCGAGAUCAACGAAUGUGCAUCGUCCCCAUGCCAGAAUGGUGCAAUCUGUAUCGAUAAGUUCGCUUCGUACAUUUGUGCGUGUCCGAUGGGUUUCGGUGGUACAAACUGCGAAGAGGAGAUAAUGGUCUGCGCUAGCUCACCAUGCGCCAACCAAGCUCUGUGCCUGAUGGAGGAAGAUUCGCCUACGUGCUACUGUGUGCCCGACUUUCACGGCGAGCGGUGCGAGUUACAGUACGACGAAUGUCAGCUAGGACCGGAACCGCGGUGUGUGAACGGAGCGACUUGUGUCGAUGGUGUGGAUGAAUACUUCUGUACCUGUGCGCCUAAUUUUACCGGGGAAAACUGCGAGUGUCUCAUACUGGAGGUGGCCGGUCAGAUCGAAAUGGACUGCAACUAUACGGCACCAACUGUCAGCACCUCGGAUGAAAUGACGGACAGUUCCUUCUUCACGUCUACCAUGGAAUCAUUUCCAUUUUCGACUGAGGGCAUUUGGAAGGGUACCGACACUUCGUUAGAAAGGUCUACGAGUUAUCCGCUGUAUACGCAUUCAGCUACACCUACAGCUGUGGGUGAAUAUACGGAUCCCUCCAUGGAAGUGACCUACACCGGAACACCCGUACAAGUAUCUCCCAGCUAUUCAGCUCCCGCAGGAAGUAAACCGUAUACUACAACUUCUCUUGGUGAAAGUGGUACUGCCAGUAAUGAAUUGUCGCCAGCAACUGUAUCACCAGAUCAAGAAAAAGAAACUGGAGAAACAGACAUCUCGAAAGAUAAAACAUCUACUCCAACUAUUACGAUUGCUGACAACGCAACAACAGUAUCCGGAGUAGAGGAAAAACCUUCUUCAAUAUCCGGGUUCACACAAGAUAAUACUCUGGACGUUUCCAGUGCGGAUUAUACUACUUCUAAACCAUCGUCUAAAUAUCCUAGCGUUGAUUAUGGUUCUACAUCGCCCGAUUUUGCAACAACACCAAUGGACACAUUACUCACAACCUUGGAUCUUCCACGAGUAUCCACACUCACUCCCGAGUUGAGUUCAUUCUUUACGGAAUCACCAACAAAUAGAUCAACUCCACCGUUCCAGGGUGAAGAUCAAGUUACCGACACACUACCGUUCACAACAGCGUCUAUUGCGGACGAAACUACCCGUGAGUCACCGUUCACCACCUCAGCAGCUUCCAUUGUACCACCGGGUACAACACGAUCACCGGAUGUGUUUCAAGAGUGCGACGAUACCGUAUGUGCAAAUGGUGGCACUUGUGCGAUGACACCGAACGGCAUUCGAUGUCAUUGCGAUUUUCGUUACGCAGGACCGUUCUGUGACGUGCCGGUCAGCAUACAGAAUGCUGCCUUCUCGAAGGAGUCCUUCCUGCGUCACAUCAUUUACCGACGCAACAAUACGAUCGAUCCUACCAACCAACCCGUGGAUACGCUCAAACAGUUAGCCUCCAUGGCGGUACGCUUCAAGGCGAAGUUAACAUCGCGCGAGGGGUUGAUUCUACUGGCCACGGCCGAAGGUGACGAUGGGAAUCACUAUGUGGCUCUGUUCCUACACAAGGGUUUGCUGCAGUUUCAAUUCUCCUGCGGACUGCAAACGAUGCUUUUGAGUGAAAUCGAAGGCACCGUCAAUAAUGGAUAUGAACUUAACGUUAAAGUACAGUUAAAUUUCAACGAUCGUUAUAGCCAUUGCAAUGCGUCGCUACAUGUAAACGAAACGCUAGCCAUGAGUGGCGAACAACCGACCUGGCUCGGCAAUGUGCUCAGCGCGAGGCAGCAAAAGGGGCAGGAAGGACCUUACGGAAUAGCAGCGUUAGCUUCAAUCAAGCAGAGUUGGCUCCAUUUGGGUGGACGUCCCAUCAAAACGAUGUACACCUUGAGUCAUAAUAUUUCGCGAUACCACGGGUUUACGGGAUGUGUUUAUGAUCUGGAAAUCAAUAGUGCUCCGGUUGCGAUCUUUGACAACGCUGAAGACGCGUAUAAAAUUUACGAAUGUACCUCAUUGGCGUGUCUUUCGAGUCCCUGUCGCAAUGGAGCAGUAUGUGUGGAGGCGGAAGGCUACGGCGGGCUAGCAGGACGUUACUCGCCCAGCAUCAGCGCACAACCAGACACUGUCGGUGCGUGGAGUUGCAAGUGCUCGUUCGGUUACAUGGGCAAAACUUGCGAACGAUCCGUGUGUGAUAACAACCCAUGCCGGUUUGGUGGCACGUGCGUAACGUUUCCGGAAAGUGGUUACCUUUGUCUAUGUCCGUACGGCAAGCAUGGACAUUUUUGUGAGCACGAUCUGGACAUCUUGCAGCCAUCGUUCUUCGGCAGCAUCAAGGGCAUCUCUUCCUACGUUGCAUAUCCAAUCGCAUUUCCGGUGGAGGAUCGGUUUGAGUUUAGUUUUAAGAUUAUUCCUACCACAACGGCACAAAUUUCGCUGCUUGCCUUCAUCGGCCAACCGUACGAUCAUCACGAUUUGAGUGAUCAUUUUUCCGUCAGCUUCAUACAAGGAUUCAUCCUUGUAACGUGGAAUUUGGGGAGUGGCCCACGCAGGAUAUUCACGCAGCAACCGAUACAGGUACAAUCGUCCCGUCCCACCACGAUCCAUGCGGGUAGAAAUGGACGUACCGCUUGGUUGUCGAUCGACGGCAAGGUGAAUAUUUCCGGAAAUUCGCCCGGAAGCAGCAGAAAGCUUAACGUAACUCCACAGCUCUACAUCGGUGGCCAUGAGGGUGUUAACUUUUCCAGCCUACCGCACGAUUUGCCACUUCACUCCGGCUUUCAGGGGUGUCUGUUCGAUAUAAGGCUUGUCGCCGGGCCGGUGCAUAUACCGCUGCAACAUAUCGGAGGUAUGCGGGGUAGAAGUGUUGGUCAGUGUGGUACGAAAGAGUGUCAUCGGCACGCUUGUCAGAAUAAUGGUGCUUGCCUGCAGCAUGGUUCCACAUUCACGUGCAUCUGCCAGGAGGAUUGGAACGGGAUACUGUGCUCCCAGAAGGUGAAUCCCUGUGAUGAAAGCGUCAGCAAGUGCGCAUCGGAUGCCACAUGUUUCCCGCUCGUGUCAGGGUACGAGUGUGAUUGUCCCUUCGGUAAGGUGGGCAAGCGGUGCGAGUCUAAUCUGAAGUAUCUCAGUGACGUGUCGUUUUCUGGUCGUCGAUCGUAUCUUGCCUUACGGUGGCCCAGUAUUGGUUCCGGAGACUGGAUUGCUGCCUACCGGGAGAAUGAAGUACGCUAUGAAAAGAUCGUUCAGCACUCGCACAUUAUCCCGCACAACCAUUCGAUCUUGCUGAAAUCGAUCCGUGAGCUGGACAAGAUCAACGAUGUGCUGAAAGUACUUCCAGAUUCAAACGAUACCGAACAGUACGCUGGCCAUUCGGUGAUACCCCGAUCGGAAAACUACCGACAGUUAAGGAUAAGACAGUUGACCAUAGAGCUGCAGGUGCGCCCGCUGUCCGAGAAAGGUCUUAUCCUGUUCGUCCGUACUUUUGAUUCCAAUGCGCAGGAGCAAGGAUUUAUAAGCAUAAGCUUGCAGGGCGGCGUGGUGGAGUACCGAAUAUCUUCUACCCGCACGCAGACGGCAGUUGUCCGAAGUAACCAUGUGCUUGCCACUGGUGAGUGGCAUUUGAUCCGUAUCGUUAAGUAUGGCAAACGUUUAACACUGUGGGUUGAGGGAAAAAGCACCUCCAUUAUCGGCUCUGUGCGUGAGGAGUAUGUGAGUCUUACGAACAAGCUAUACCUGGGCGGGUUGCCGGAUCUUUCCACACUACCGUACGAUGCUAUAUCUGGCUACCCCGUGUCUUUCCGCGGUUGUAUCAGGCAUGUUAAUUUGAACGGGACGCGUAUCGCACUGAACGACAGCUCGAUCGUGGCCUCGCGUAACAUCAACGAUUGUGACGGUACACCUUGCGGUGGAGACAUCUGUGCGCAUGGUGGCCUUUGCUGGUUGGAUGAACACUCGCAACCACGCUGCAAGUGUCCCGAGUACUCGAAGGGUGUUAAUUGUGAGAUACAAGAAUCUUGCGAGGUGGUUCAGUGUCGCAAUAAUGGACAGUGCUUGAAAAACGGUCGCUGCAGUUGUGGAGUUGGAUGGACGGGUCAUUAUUGUGAAAUUGCUACCACCAAGUAUUCUUCGCUCGGGUUUAACGAUCGCAGCUACAUCUUAAUUCCAUCGCAAAAGAUCAAAAUGAAGGACAAACGUAAUGAUGAUAGCACUAGUAUGGUAGGGAAAUUGCCGUUUGGGCUGCAAAUUUCCUUCAACAUUUCCACACUGGAGGACGGUAUGCUUGCUUGGACUACCGACGAGGUGGGAAGAUACUUUGGCAUUGGGAUUCGUGAUGGGUUCCUGGUCGUGGUUAGUAACAUGCUAAAGGAGGAUCCCACAAAUGGUGCCAGUAGUGGAGGACCCUGGAAAGCUUUUGUGGCCGAUGGCGAUUGGCAUAAUGUGUUGCUCGAGACAAAAUCCCAUCAACUGCACCUGUUUGUAGAUGGCUACGAAGUGCUCGCUGGUAGGCUCACCCCAAACAUACGUACUGUGCACACGCAAGCAUUUGACAAGCCCGUUUUGAGCGAGGAAAUAACUUAUUUAGGUGGAUUUCCCGAUGAGAAUGUUUACAACCGCACGCUAGGCAACUUUGCCACAUCGUUCAACGGAUGCAUCCAGCACAUUCUGCUAGGGAACCAGCUGGACGAGCUGGAUUAUGGGGAGUACGAUGGAGCCAACAUCAAUGAGUGUGCAGUGUAG